GGACCGGCCCUUCGGCACGCAGCCGGCGAGGCGAGGGCUCUGCCCCUCCGCGCCCCGCUCCUCGGGCUCAUCCCUCAAGGGGGCUCCCCCUAGUGGCUGCUGGGGGGCACUGCGCCCCCAUUUCCCCUCGCCUCCCCCAGCUCGAGGUGGUCAAGAUGGCGGCCGGGGCGCUGCUGCGGGGCAGCGCGGGCCGCCUCCGCCCCUUCCCAGCGCAGGGGGGCCGUUCCCGCCUUUUUCUCCUCAGGGGCCUUGUCUCGUCAGAUAACCGAUCUCGGGAAGACAGCUGGUUGAAAUCGCUCUUUGUCCGCAAAGUUGAUCCCAGGAAAGAUGCUCACUCCAAUCUCUUAGCCAAAGGGGAGACCAGUAGCCUUUAUAAAUUACAAUUUCACAAUGUCAAACCGGAAUGCCUGGAAGCCUACAACAAUCUUUGUCAAGAGGUGCUGCCAAAGAUCUACGAGGGGAAGGACUAUCCAUGUACACUGGUGGGGACAUGGAACACGUGGUAUGGAGAGCAAGAUCAGGCUGUCCAUCUCUGGCGGUACGAGGGAGGUUAUCCAGCCCUUCAGGAAGUCAUGAGUAAGCUUCGACAUGACAAGGGGUUCAUGGAGUUUCGCAAAGCAAGAGGAAACAUGCUUCUCUCUCGCAAGAAUCAGCUGCUGUUGGAGUUCAGUUUUUGGAACGAGCCUGUUGCCAGGGCAGGGCCCAAUAUCUAUGAACUGAGGUCUUAUCAACUUAGACCUGGAACCAUGAUUGAAUGGGGCAACUACUGGGCCCGUGCCAUUCGUUUCCGGCAGGAUGACAAAGAAGCUGUCGGUGGCUUUUUCUCACAGAUUGGUCAGCUGUACAUGGUUCAUCACCUUUGGGCUUACCAAGAUCUCCAGACAAGAGAAGACAUCCGGAAUGCUGCAUGGCACAAGCCUGGAUGGGAUGAGCUGGUGUACUAUACAGUGCCCCUCAUUCAGGAAAUGGAAUCCAGAAUAAUGAUACCAUUGAAGAUUUCUCCACUCCAGUAAAGGCACAGGUUGACUGGUGCAGAUUUAAAUUAAGAAGCAUUUGUCUUUUAGUUGAUUUGAUGCUAUGUGUGUAUGGCAAUGGAAAACCAGACUUCUGAGAGUACUGUAUACUGGGACUCACAAACGAGACCUCUUUUCUCCAGACCCUUCAGGGAGCACUUGGGAAUGUCUUGGGGGAGAGUCAUGGGGUCAUAUUUAAGUCUUAGUGUUCAACCACCGAGCCAGGUUCUCUAUGAAACAGCCUCUUUCAAACGCCCUCAUAGGUAUUUGGAGGCCGGGAUGGAAGCGCGCAAGCUUCAGCAGUAGUUGCAUGAGCUUGAAACCCUUGAACGGCGCUGUAUUUAAUGAUGGGGCGAUUUGCCACAUGCUCUCUGAUGCAUUCUUUUUUCACAGUCAUCUUUGCUUAUCGGGCCUGCAAGGCCUUCCUCUGGUGCCACAAAGUGUUGCUAGAGAAAGUAGCCGUCCUCCCCCUUUCCCACCUGGAUUUGAGCAGAGUACAGCGGGGAUCCUUGCUUUCCUUUCCCUUUCUAAAGCAACAGUUCUGUUCAGCUUGCCUGCCCUGGGGAAGCACUCCAUAUUUUAGUUUUUGCUUUGUCCUAGACCAAAUUUAUCUUCGCCAUCAGCUAAACCAGCCUUCUGCAACUUGGAGCCUUCCAGUUCUUUUGGAGUACAACUCCCAUCAGCCCCAGCACAUGCACAUGCUGGCUGGGGCUGCUGGCGGUUGUCCAAAACAGGUGGACGGCUGCAGGUUGGAGAAGGCUGAGCUAAACACAUUUUUCUAGGUAGCACAACUGUGUGUGGGCUGGCGGAAGGGGGAAAUUAUGUUUAAAGGCUCCCAUAUUGGGGGAAGGGGGAACCCUGCAUGUGGAAAGCUAGCAUGUCAGGGAAGCACCCAGGCCAAAGCCAUUAAUAGGUGAAGCACUGAGACAACCCCCCCCCCCCCGCAAUCCUACACCUGCAGUUUGAAGUGGGUGCAUCCUUGAAAUCCUUUUCAACCUGCUGUAAUGUCUGGAGGGGAACCCAUUCUCAGUUUGAACGAUCAGCCCUAGGAAUGGGCCUGCUUAACUUGUAUGAUCUGGUAGACCAGCCCUCUCCAACCUGGUGCCCUCCAGAUGUUGUUAGACUACGACCCCCAUGAGUCCCGGCCAGCACAGCUGUGCUCCCAUCUGCCCCAGCACCAUGCAGCUGUGCUGGCUGGAACUGAAAGAAGUUGUAGUCAACAACAUCUGGAGGGCAUCAGGCUAGAGAAGACUGGGGGGGGCGUAUAUUUGUCCGCUUCCAACAGCGGAUGCCAUCUCAAAGAUGUAUGUCAUCAGUUGCCAGCCACCACUUUUGCCAGCAAAAAGCAGUGCCCCACGCUACUCUCCUGAGGCACGUGGCUUUCUCCCAUACCGGAAGGUGGUGGCUGUGUUGUUUUUAAGAUCCACAGUGUGAUGCGUCGUGAAUGUCAAUGUGAUGUCAUAUCAUGGAAAAAUCCUUUACAAAUAACAAUAAUAAUUCAGUGUAUGGUCAGCAGGUACUUGUGCACCUUGCUCCUAUCAAUUGUUACUGAGAAGUCCUAUUGUGUUAAAAGGGCUCUGCUUCCAAGAAAGGGUGCAUAGGAGCAGAGGCUUAGGAUGGUGCGUGUUAGGAAGACCCCCGCCCCCAUCGUCUCUCCACUUUAAAUGGGAGUUCAGAUCAGUAGGGAAAUAACAGUGGGGGGAGGGGGGCUGUGUGUUUUGGGGGUGGAUUCUCUGUAGCUGGAAGAGGUGUCGCUGAAGCUCACUGUGGCAAAGCUUAAGAACUGCCAGUCUUAUGGGGUCAUAUGAGCAGCUGUAAAGAGGAGUUGGUGGCAUGAGCAUUUUUCAAGCGCUCCUGGAUGAUGCAGUGAAGCUGGAUGUGAGGAAAGCCUUUUUUAUUAUGAAUAAUAAGCAUUCAGGAUUUCAUCCAUUUGUGUGGUUUGAUUAACAUAAUUGCAGAAGGUGAUUCUGAAAAGAUGCAUCAAGAUGGGGCGUGUUAAAUCACUUAGGACUGGCACAAAUCACUGCAUUUCCCAUGUCCAGUUUUCUAUUUUUGAUUACAUGUUAGAAUAGAGGGAUUUGUGUAUGUGUGUAUGUCUGUCCGUAAAGUUGUGAACACCCUGUAUGUUGAAGCAGUUAUUUUGUUAGCUAAUGAAUCAGUGCAAUAUGCUGUAUGUCCGAUUACCUAAGAAACAUCCACUUUAUACAUUUCAGCGAGUUUUCUGGCAGAAUGUGUCAAUAAAAUCCUAUUGAUUUUCGCAUA